AUGUGCAACCCCAGGAUCCAAGAAUAUCCUCCUUCGGCCGAGUCAAGUGAGUCCUUGACUACCACUCGCCUCGCCGCCGCUGCCUUUGGUUUCGCCGACAAACGCGGAAGUGUGUUGGAUUAUACUGCCACAAAUUUGCACAAAGCAGCGUGCGUCGGCGAAAAUCAGCUUCAGGUGCAGGGUAGACCAAGCACAUAUCGCGACACGUCUUCGUCUCGUCUCGUCAUUGUCCUAGGUUCCUCGGGGGCUCUUCCCCCAACCACGGGUGAUUGCUGCGAUCUCGCGACCUUGGAUCAGGGAAAAAGCAACGUUAAGAGGUCUCAGCCCGGUCGGUGCACCGCAUCUGGUCAGGCAGAAAAAAGCAACCUGCAAAAGCCCGCGGUCGUUUCACGAAAAAGCAGCCCGUAUACGAGAGAGUCUGAGAGAGGGCGAGAGCUUGCCGAGCGCAUCCGGUGGACUGGUCUCUCUUGA